GAAGAGUGUGGAAUAAAAAUGUCCAGUGAGGUAGAGCUGUGCGCAGUGUUACAGCGUCAUCAGAUCAGAUGGUUGGUUAUUUUAAGGCCAAAAAUAAGGUCGCUGUGCAAACUGCUACUCAAUGAGGAUUUUCCAUUCUACGACGACUUCAUCAACUACGUACAACUGCAACAACCCCUUACAACUAGAUGAGAAUUAUUUCGAUUGCAAUAUAAAAAAUAUUUAUUGUGCACCAUGACAUACAAUUUAUAUGUAUAUAUAUAUAUGUAUUACAAAUGUGACCAUUUUUUGAAGUUGCAAUUUAAUGUUUUAAAUUCUACUUAUAUUGCUUUUUACAUAUGAUUAAAAAACUACUUUUAGCAUCUUUCUAUGAAUACAAACUUCAUGCAACUUCAUAAAAACAAGCAAAAACUAUUUUUUAUACUUUAAAACUUUCAGGUACUGCCAUGGCUAACCUGCAACAGGAAUACCCGGGGGUCCUACUGGGGAUCCUGGAGGAACUGGCCAACAUGCGCCAGUGGCUCACUUUCCAGGACCUCUGUCGGAUGGUCAGCACCCGCUUCGACCUGGAGCACCUCAUCGAGCUCAGGAGUCUACUUUUUGCCGCUGCCAGUCGCGACCCGUGUUUCCCUGCCACACUCUUCAGAGAUCGUGUUUCCACCAGAGGCCAGGGACUGUCGCCUAUAGGUGUCGCUGCUGAUAUUGUGACAAUUUUUAAUCUAAUCCAGAUGACGGGUGGGGCUCCCGAUGACAGUCAGCCAAUGAGUGCCCAGACAGUCCUUCCAGUUGAUCAGUAUCCAAGCCCCAGUCUGCCUGGAAUUCACCAGCUAAACAUCUCUGCUCGAGAGAGAACACGCGCUCACUCAGAUUCUGGGGGAAGGCCUAUUGAUCAACAUUUUCUGAUUCCAAACUCUAGUUACUCAUCCCGCAAGCGAGGAAGUCUUCCCCCUGAUCCCAUCUCCCUUGUUCCCACCCCUCCAAUCAGGGCGAGAGCUGUGUCUUUUGACUUGCCUCACACAACACAUUUGUACUCUAGUGGUCAAAGUCACGACGUCAUGAAGAAUAUUUAUUUGCCUUUGGAGACGGACAGUGAGUCCAGUGGAGAUUCUGCUCAAGGGGAAGUAUUUGAAGCUGAGCAGGCGUCAUCAGUUGACCAGAAGAGAAACAUCUUUAGGAAGGACUUCCAUAACCAGCCUCCUUUAAUUCCACAGGUCACAGUCAGUGAAUCUCCAAGUCCCAAUAAACCGCAGUCAGGCUUUGACAAUCAGAGUUUUGAAAUGAUUCCAAAUCCUUACCCUUCACCAACUGUACUCCACCAAAAGCCAGAGCAGCGGGCAAAACACGAAAGUCUUGAUGACCUGCAGGACUCUACUUAUUUUGGACCUGGGUCGCUUCCAGACUGGUCUCCGGGACACCUUCAUCCACCCAAGUCACAGAAGUCCAUCUGGAGCAACAAAAGUCACAGUCUGGAAGAUCAGAUAGGCAUGAGCACUGCCGGAAUAGAACCCCAAAGGAUACAACUUCCCAGGCGAUCUACACCUGCUUUGGGCUCCACGGGAGGUGAGAGUGCAGAUAGUGGAUUGCCAAGUGGAGGUGAUGGAGUCAAAGCUCAGGGAACCCAGACUGACCCACCGGAUCCCCGGCGUCUUCGCAGCCUGGUCCACGCAGAUCGUCUCUCCUUCAUGACAUCUUUGGAUGACCCGGAAUUUUGUGAGGACGACAUCAGCGCUAUCUUUCGUUUCUUAGACGACAUUAGCAUGUGUGGUUCAACUGGGGUCCUGCACCCCAGUGAUGGAACAGGGACCCUGAACCAAGACACACCAGAGGCCAGACGUGGACGCCUGGGUCAGCUGCAAAGGCUUUUUCACUCACUGGAAAGCAGCGAUGAUGGGCUGAAGGCCAGCGUGUGUAAGCUGCUGCUCCGUAUGAGCCAAAUAGAAAGACAACUGGAAUCACUGAACGAUGUAAAGGCGGAGAUUUCUCAAGUGCUUUCUGCUCUGCAGAGGCUGGACGAAAAGAUCCAGCAGCCGGUGAGUGGUGUUGGACAAAGUAGCAGCAGCGGUCGAUGGCUGGAGCCUCUCAGUGGUGUUUCCUCAUUCAUGAGCCACCCUGUAACUCCGUCUGAGUCGUCAGAGCCACAGCCUCUGUCAGUGUCUGGACAGCUGUACCCAGCGACCAGCACCAGUAGUCUGGACUGGAGCAGAUGGAAUGUUCCUGAAGAACAGACAGAGAGCAGCAAAGGACAGGCUGAUUUAAAGGGCGGAAAAAAAGAAGGGAAGAAGGACGCAUCGUCUCGCCGCACCUCUAAAACACAGCCUGAAGAAAAAGGUGUCUCUGAUUCUAAACAGCUCAAUGUGGUCAGUUCUGCCAAAGACUGGAGCGUUUCAUUCUCUAAAGGUAAAAAUGGAAAAGCUUCGCAUGGAAAGAUUGAGCAGGGAGAUCAGUCGAGUAGCACGACUAACCUCCUCACUCAAAAAAAGUCAAGUCUGGUGGAGCAAGUGUUUAACUCGUCCCUGUUUCGUCAUAAGGACAGUAGUCUCACUGGUGGACUGACCUCUGGGAAGGUCAUAGAAUCCAGACUGGCCGAGGGGAGGGGAAGACCCAUCUGGACUGUAGAUGACAGAGAGGCGAGGAUCUCUCCUAUGGACAUGCAGACCCAAGAGUCUCUGAAUCCCAACAACAUGGAGUUCUGGAUGGACGACAUCUACACUCCGGGCUACGAUGCACUGCUCAGACGUAAAGAGGCUGACAUGCGUCGGGCCAAGGCCUGCAAAUUGGCUGCACUUGUGGGAACCGUGGUCUUAAUCAUUCUCAUCAUUGUCAUUCCUAUUUGCACCAUGAAGUCGUGAAGACAAUCUCAAAUGAUCCACAUCAUGAUCUACUUUAUUUUUAUUAGUAGUAUUUAUUCAUUUGUUUUCAGUAACUUCUGUUCUGCGCCAAAAUUUGGAGAGUGAGACUGGUGAGAGUGGGACUUCUCUGCAUGUAGCACCAAGACGUCAGGAAGAUGAAUGCGAGUGUCGCUGGGCAGGCUAACAAAAAACUGUUUUUAGAUUAGGUUGUUAUAGCAUGUAAAAUUAAGUGAUCUUUUAUUAUUUUUUCUGAAUGAGUUAGUGUCACAUUUCAUUGCUUUGUUCUUGUAUAUGUUAUAUAUUUUAUGUAAUGAUUACUAACUAUGAAAGCUUAAUACUGAGCCAAUGCAAUGUGUAACAUUUAAUUUCCACUGCGUAGUUUUUAUUUUCAUUCGGUUUUUGGAAUCAACACUGUUAGAAAAUAACAUUGUGAAUCAGCUUCAGCCUUGAGCACUGCCUGACUAUUUUGCUAUCCCCAUGAGAACACUACAGGGCUAAAAUUCCUCCUUUUUAAAACAAUAGUUUUAUCAGUACUUAAGGGUUUUACAUUUACUGUUUUAUCAAGUGAAACUGAUGGAUUCUGUCCACAGCAGUGUUUUUUUCUUUCUUUUUUUAUUGUAUCUUUGUUUGAAUCACCUUGUACCUCCGCUAAGUAACAGGCUGAACAGCAGCACUCAAACUUAAAUCAAUAAAACAAAUAUGAUAUUUUUCUAGAGUUUUCUCCCUUUUCUCUUCCUGGAAAAAUAUGGGCUGUUUAAUACACUCUUAAAUGUGUUUGUGUUGCCUGACAGUGUGUUUACCAGGGAUCAGGUUUCGAGAAAUGGAGGAUAAAAGUGUUGUUGUUGUUGUUGUGGGUCAUGAUGAUGUUUUGGCCCUGGAGCUGUGAAGGAGAGGGGAAACACUUUUCCAGUAAACCCUCUCUGAGUGGGAGAUUCCAAUUGUAAUCCAAUUGAUGGGAUGCUCGGAGUGCACCUAUGCACAUUAUCUUUUUCCUGCACUCCCUCGGCCAGAGCUUUUCCAUACACCAUCAUACUCACUUAGCACCAACGGGUUCAGCUAGUUCCCUUCAGACAUGGUGAAACAUUCCAUUUUCUAAAGUCCUCCUCACUUCAGUAGACAUUUAGUCUACACUGAAGAUGGUGGUGCAAAAACAACCCACGAAUAAAAAACAAAAUAUGUAAACCUGUGACUUAGCUUAGUUUGAUUUAUAUUGCCGUUUAACUGAAUCUGUGAUAAACUGUAUUUUGCACAUCUGUUCUCAUCCAAGCUAUAAGAUUACUGAAUAAUAAAAAGGAAUUGUUACUGCAGGGCCGACGGACUGGGUUGCAUUAUAUUUCUUGGAUAUUCAUGUUUCUGUGCUAUCUACUUAACAUUGCUAGCUAUGGAUUAUUUUCAUUAGAUUACACAGAUAAGCUUUUUUUUUCUUCUCUCAAUUUAUGGAACAGACACCAAAGUGCACUAAAUGUCUGUGUGGGGGAGCUCUAACAAAUCCCUGUAGUGUUUUGUGGGACCCUUGAAACUAACUUUGCUUUCUGUACAAAAACUGCACAGGAUGUAUAGACAGCAUCUUCCUGAGUAGGUGUAUAUCAACAGAGUGUUCCCCCUGAGACCGUUUGUGGAUCCAUUAUCCUUCCAUCGGUGCCGCAGACUAACGCUGUACUCAGCACAAUUAGCAGGUGCUUCCUCUGAAAUGUCAGUGCAUGAGAGCUGUCUGAUGGUUUUUAAUGCUGAAAUUUGUAAUUUUAUUACUGCAGAAUCAUGCACUUUUCUUGACAGAUAACAAGAAAUCUGUGAACUCAUUAUUCAGGUACACACUCUUACAAACAGCAUGUAAAUUAAAGGGAAACCUGUGGGUGUCACUGUACCCAGGUUAAUGUUGCACAAUGCUUUGUAUGACUGUAA